UUUGUCCACUGCGAUAUAUUUGUCUCGUUUUCCCAUCUUUUUUCCCAUGUUUUUACUCUGGUUCUGAUUUUUCUUAUAUUUUGUUUGUUUUCGGUGUUUUGCCUCACUGGUGCCCUACAAAAUCAUGUUACGGAAGGCGUUGCAAAUGAUAUUUUGCAACUGUUUGAUUUUCUUUACUUUUUAUUCAAUGAUUCUAUACGUUUCUUUCUAAACUUUACACUUUUGUUUGUUUAGUAUUCUUGCUUCAAUAUAAUUUCGUCUGAAUUUUUCUAUACCAGCUUUUAUAUUAGACUUGUUGUGUUUUCUACUAAUUCAUUUGGUUCUCUAUAUGCGUGACUUGGAAACGUUUUUUUUAUUACCGUGAUCACAUAUUCUCCUCCCUUUUGUAUAUAAAGUAAUUGAAAACAACGUAAUUUCAUAAAAAAUUGUAAUUAAAAUUCUAAAUUGGUAUUAUUGAUUAUUGAUUUUGACAGCCCGCCAUUUUGCCUAGAGAAUAAGCGUAGGGAUUUAGGUUAUGAAAACGCGUAAUUAAUUAAGAUUUUUAAUGAGAAUUAACGAAAUAAGAAGUUAAUUGAUUAAGUUAUAAUUUUAUUAUUAAAUAUGUAAAUAAUUCAUUUCUACUAUACCAUUUUUACGUUUGUAAUGAAAUUCGCGACGUUUUGUUUGUGUAUAAAUGUUUGUAGUGAAAAGUUUUGUGUUGAAUCUAUUGAAAGUGAAACAAAUAAUAGUGUUUAUAACGGAAAAGUGAAUAUUAAAAGUGCAUAAAUAAUAGUUAAAUAUGAAGUUAAGUUGAAAAUAAUCGAUGGUAAAGAUCCAUACAACUUGCAAGUUCUUUUGAAUUGUAGAAAGCAUUCAAACAACAAUUUGUUUAUAUUCAGUUGCAUUAAAAUGCUUUUUCCGUUACAGAAAGGACCUUCGAUUGUGGAGAAAUUCUCAAAAUGCCACCAGCUGAAGAAGUUCGAAAAAGGUCAACCUCUGAUUACAUCUUUGGUAAAGUUCUAGGAGAAGGAAGUUUUAGUACAGUUUAUUUAGCUAAAGAUAUACAUACGAACAAGGAACAUGCCAUUAAAGUUGUUGAAAAGGCACACGUUAUCAGAGAAAAGAAAACAGAAGCUAUUAUGCGAGAAAAAGAAGUACUGAGAAUCCUAGGAAAUGCUUGUCCUUAUUUUGUUCGUUUAUAUUGGACAUUUCAAGACUCUGAUAGGCUCUACUUUGUUCUCAGUUACGCCAAAAAUGGUGAUGUAUUAUCCCAGAUUGACAAACACACUCACCUCAGUAUUGAGUGUACUCGAUAUUAUUUAGCAGAACUGAUUUUAGGCUUAGAAUAUUUACAUAGUAAAAAUAUUAUACACAGAGAUUUGAAACCGGAAAAUCUUCUGUUUGACGAAAACUGGCACAUUUUAAUUACCGAUUUCGGUAGUGCUAAAAUUGUUUCGUCCGAAAAUGGUCAUGAAGAAAGGAAUAAUAUUAGAUCAGAAAAUAAAUAUCCUUAUCGAAGACGUAAUAGUUUUGUAGGUACAGCUCAGUUUGUUAGUCCCGAAAUGCUAGCUGAAACUGCCUCUAGCUUUGCAUCUGACCUUUGGGCCCUUGGGUGCAUCGCUUAUCAAAUGGCUUACGGACAAAUGCCAUUCACAGGUGGUAGUGAAUAUAUCAUCUUCCAAAAAAUUUUAAAAUUAGAUUACACCUUUUCUGAAGACUUUCCGAGAGAAGUAAAAGAUUUAGUUGAACAAUUAUUAGUAUUGGAACCUAAUAAUCGACUUGGCGCUCGCGAUGAAAGAUGUUAUUCUAGUUUAAGACAACAUUCAUUCUUCAGCGUACUGAAUUGGGACGAUCUAGGUCCUCCUCCUAAAAUAUCAGAAGAUACCGUCGAAGAUAUGGUACAUGAAAUUCCGGAUGAUUUAGAACCAGGUUUAGAUCCAGAACAAGUUUCCAGAUUGCAUUUAAGCUUGUUAACGCCCAAUCCUGUAGUGAAUAGAAAAAAAUCUCCUCCUAAUAGAAAAAUUACAGAUCUAACAGAUACGGAAAUCCAACAAAGAUUAGAAGCCCAAAAGACCAACAUUUAUCAUAGUUUUGUUGAAGAUAAUCUCAUAUUGAAACAGGGAUUUAUCGAUAAGAAAAAGGGAUUGUUUUCAAGGAAGAGAAUGUUUUUAUUGACCUUAGGUCCUCAUUUAUACUACGUAGAUCCUGUUACGAUGACACUCAAAGGGGAGAUACCUUGGAGUAGUGAUAUUAAAGCCGAAGCCAAGAAUUUCAAGACUUUUUUUAUUUAUACGCCUAAUAGGAAAUAUUAUCUUGAGGAUCCUGAGGGGUACGCUUUGGAAUGGUGUAAGGCUAUUGAAGACUUGAAAAAUUACUAUUUCUCAGAUGAGACUUGAUUUUAAUUAACUUUUUUUAUAUAUCCUUCAAUAUUUAUUAUUAAAUUAUUUUUCCUUUAGGUUUAUUGUAGGUAAAUUGUUAUACUAUUGUUGGGUAUCGCAUAAUCGAAUUGAAAAAAAAGGAAAUUUUGUUUUAAAUCUUCUUUCUUCCAACAUGGAUGACCGUAUUGGUAGACUACUGUGUGUUCAAUGCCAACAAGUAUUCCCCAGAAGACGAAAUUCGACAUUCUCUUUUGCUUUGUUAAUAAAUCUUCUGCCUUAAGGUCGUUUACUGUAGAGGAAUACAGGAUUAAAUCAUUAGUUUGAUUUAAGACACUUUUCCAACGACGGAAAUUAUAAACUAUUAAACUUAUUUUGAAUGAAUACACUUUUUGACAGUUCAAUAUCAAGUAAUAUGUGAAAAUUCUAACUUUUUUGACUUAAGACGGUUUUCAAAAGGAUGUGCGAUACUGAAAACUGCCCUUUUUGUAAAUUAUUGAAAUAAUUCCUCGGAAAACUGUAUUAACUCAAAUUAAUAUCUUUUAAAGGUCGUUUACUGUAGAGCAAUACAGUAUUAAAUAAUCAGUUUGAUUUAAGACACUUUUCCAACGACGAAAAUUACGAACUAUUGAACUUAUUUUGAAUUAAUAUACUUUUCAAUAGUAUUUUUUGAGUUCAACAUCAACUGAUAUGUAAAAAUAUUAACUUAUUUUGACUUGAGACGGUUUUCAAAAGGAUGUGAUACGUAAAACUGCCCUUUUUGUAAAUUAUUCAAAUAAUUCCUCGGAAAACUGUAUUAACUCAAAUUAAUAUCUUAUAAAGGUCGUUUACUGUACAGUACAAUACAGUAUUACAUCAUCAGUUUGAUUUAAGACACUUUUCCAACGACGGAAUUCCAAUGAAACCUCAAUUUUUUUUCAAUUCGAUCAUGAACUACGCCAUAAUUUAUUACAUUGUUUGAUAAAGCGUCCCGCGAUUGGAAGUAUGUACGAGUCCUUGAAGAAUUAGUAUGGAGUUGUUGCUUAUACUAAAAGUUUGCAAAGACAAUAAUGACAUGUUUUACAUCGUUGCCAGUUUGUUAUUUUAUCCAGUAGAUUUUCUUCCAUUACAUUCAUUUCAAUUAAUUAUCGAGCAGCCUAACGAACUGUCAAAAUCAGCUGUUGCAAAAUGGCCGCCGUGGGGUAAACAAAUGCUUGUGCCGUAAGUUUCCGCGAGGUGGAGUUCAAAGUUUUAUAUUUCCGGUUCUAUUACUAACUUAAAGAGUUGCUACUUGGAUAAAUGCGAAAUUUUCUCCUAGAAACCUGAUUUUUUUUAUUGGGUACAUAAAUAGAGAAAAUAUUAAAGAUACAAAGAACGAGGUAUAGAAACUUAUUCAAGUAAAUCCGAACUGCUAAUAGAGAGAGAAAGUACAUCGGUAUACCACUCUAUUUCCCCCUACUCUAUUCUGAUUGGAUUGAAAUGACGUCGAACUUUAGUAGUACGAUUGACAAAAGACGAGAAUAACAAGUUUUGAAUUUAUUGGCUAGUAAAGGGAGACAGAGAGUAGUAAAACUAACUCUUUCUCUCUCGUCUAAUACAAUUCCACUUAUAUACCACUCUCUUUAUCUUUAAUAUUUUCUCAGUAUACAUACAAGAUUGUUUACCCCACAGCCGCCAUUAAGUAACUGAUGUCACAUGGUUACCAACGUUUAAAAUUUAAUAUCCCCUAAAACACUAGCAAUGAUUUUACUUACACUUUGGUUAUAGAGAUUCUAUUUGAUGGUUACAAAUGUCAAAAUUGCAAACUUUAUGUAAAAAAAUGUUUUUGAAAGCACUACAAACAGGGUAAAAUAUUAGAAUGUAGUGAAGGUUUAUAACUUACAGGUCGGACCAAUAAUGCUUAUUAAUCAUUAGAGAAAUUGGAUUUUUGACAGAUAUGACAUUUUAUUAAGAGUAGUUGUUUUCUUUAUACAUUUUUAAUUAGAACUAUACUCGAGAGGCAGCUUUAAAUCUAUACGUAGAUUCACAACAAUUUAAUUUUCCGAAUAUUUAUUUAUAUUGAUACCUGAGGUCAGAACGGAUUGUAAUGUCAUGUGUAAACUGUCAAUGCUAAAGGAAGAUAAAAUACGAUUUUGAGGUUAUGGUUUUAUUUUUCCUUUUCCGUAAUCAGAAUAAUUUUUGUUUUGGUCGCUAUAUAUAUUUUUUUGCCAAAUUUGUUCAGGCUUUUGCAUGUAUUUUUUAUAAUAAUCGUUUUUUGGUGAUAUUUUGAAACAUAUUUAGCAUCGCCAUUUUGAAUUUAUGUCGAUAUUUUUUAAUAAAAAAGUUGUAUUAUUGAUCCACUGUGUAUAAAUUUGAAAAUUGCAUCGUAUAUGUAAUUUGCAACAUGUGAUUUUUAUUGUACGUUUGUUUCUAGGAUAGAUUGUAUUUGGGACGCCAUGUAUAUUAUUGCAAUUCUAUUUAAUCUAUUUGUUCACAUUGUAGAAAUCUUGACAAUUUUCAAAAUAAUCUAUUCAAA